CUGAAGAAUAGAGGAAUGGCAAAUUUCUGUUUUGAUUAUAACCCUACAAAUGAACAUCAAGUAACUGGACACAGGAUCAUACUGUACCCAUGUCAUGGCAUGGGACAAAAUCAGUUUUUUGAGUACACAUCCCAUAAUGAAAUACGUUACAACACUCGACAACCAGAAGUCUGUGCAGCAGUUGAUUCGGGGACUGACUACUUGACAAUGUACUUGUGUCAAGAAAAUGUUCACAGUAUUCCUGAAAACCAGAAGUUUGUUUUCAGAGAGGAUGGUACUUUGUUUCACCCAAACACCCAGAAGUGCGUACAAGCAGAGUCAAAUGCUUACAACGGUAACCCAGCACCGUUAUUACGAACGUGUACCAACUCGGACUACCAAAAAUGGUUCUUCAAAGAAAGAAGUUGA